AUGAUUGUUCUUCCGAACACCCCUCCCACGCCCAAACCCUGGAAUCCUACAUCCUCAGUAUUAUCCCCUGGCUUGCUCGCUGCUCGUGCAUCUUUAGAUUCACUGCCCUCUACCCACGCCGACUCUGUUCGUUAUGUGGUGAAGUUGGAGGAUUAUCUCGAAGGGAUCUUUUCAUUAUUGGCAGCAUCUCUGUCCAACACGAUUUUGCUUGAUUACGCAACAAAGUCGCUGCUGUUGGACUUGUGUAAGAUGAUUCCAUGGAACAAUGUCUGCCACAAGAAGAAGAGAGACUUGAACUUACUCAAGUCUAGUCCCACUGUCGAAUGGUGUCUCGCAACGGAGAUCCAGACGACUGUGGUUGCGGCAUCGUUCAUGUACUCACAGUUAGGUGCUGCACUCAUCAAUGAGCUCAUUGAAUUGGAUGAGAUGGCCCAAUCGAAAGAAACGGAUGAAAAAUGGAAACUGGUCGCCAACUUCUACAAAAAGGCACUCUCAUUGGCCAACUUUGGUGCUGAGUUCACCGGUCUAUGCCUGACUUCUGUCCUAUUGGAUCCUCAAUUGUUCAUUUUGUUGGACAAGAUCGCCAAUGUAGGCAUCCAGAUGUCCAUCUUGUGCAAGUUUUCAUGGGCCAACAGAAACUCGUUCAACGAGCAAGAUACGUUCCUGUCCAAAAACAACGGCGUUCUCUGCCGUGUAGCCAUCUGGAUAUUGGACGAAGUCAAGGCUUGCCAAAAUAUUGUCAGAGAAUUGGAGUCGCUGCCUGGAGAUUUGCUUGAUUUAAACUAUACCGACUGGUCGCAGUACCUAGCAGUGUUUGUCAAGUACGCAAGUGCCUACGCAGGGUUAUUUUUGUCUAUCGAGUAUUACCAGAAGGAUAAGAUGGGCCAGGCGAUUGGACUUAUCAAUUUCUCGCUUCUUUCAUUGCAGAGUAAGAAUCUCAGCGAAAUCAAGCCCAAAAAGUCGAAGGUUCUCGCUCGUGUGAAGAGCAAGAUCGCUGGCAAACGUAACGAAAGCUACAUUUCAAGUUUGCAAUCGAUAACGUCUCUCAAAAUCGAUAAGUCUGUUUUCCAGGAGCUGUCAGGCGUGGUGCUCAAGGAUCUUACGUUGCUCUUUGACCAAUUAGUGCAGUGCCAUCUCAAGUACACCAAAGAAAACAACAAUCUCAACUUCGACGAGGUUGUCGACUGGCAGGAUAUCCAUAGCGACUCUAAAUGGCCCUUUGGGAGUAAGAUUCCUGUUUCCGAUGUGGCAGUUUAUGCUCCGAAGGUAUUGGCACCUGCUCCCAGCAACGGAGUUAACCCCAACUUCACCGGGCGUGGAAGCUACUUCUAA